CAAACGAUGACGCCAUCAAUACGCGCAUGUAACCUUGUACAAAAGUAGUGUUGUCAAAUUAUCUGUGGAAACUGGCUAAAACCAUAGACUGUAUAAAAUAGGUUAAAACGUUAAUUCGAUGCUACACUUUGUCGCCGCUACUUUUUCGGAAAAUGAGCAAAUAUAUUUUACCAGUUUCUGUUUUUGGAACAGUGUUUGGAGGCGCAGUUUUGCUGAAGAACCAUGUGACUGGAGGCCGCUGUCCUAGUAAAGCCGUCAUGACUGGAAAGACUGUAGUUAUAACAGGAGCAAACAGAGGCAUCGGGAAAGAAACUGCCCAAGAGCUGGCACAGAGAGGGGGUCGGAUCAUUAUGGGAUGCAGGGAUAUGGAAAAGUGUGAGGAAGCUGCGAAGGAGAUUCGAGGAAAAACGUUGAAUCCUCAUGUUUACGCGUGUCAACUUGAUCUGGCGUCCAUGAAGUCCAUCCGAGAGUUUGCAGAGAAAAUCAAACAACAGGAGCAGCGUGUGGAUGUUCUGAUAAACAAUGCUGGAGUCAUGAGGUGUCCUGCAUGGAAAACAGAAGAUGGCUUUGACAUGCAGUUUGGAGUGAAUCACUUAGGCCACUUUUUGUUGACAAAUCUCCUGUUGGAUAAGUUGAAAGAGUCCGCCCCCAGCAGAGUGAUCAACCUGGCCUCUCUCGCCCACAUUGUUGGACGGAUGGACUUCGAGGACUUGAACUGGGAGAAGAAGAAGUUUGAUACUAAGCAGGCGUACUGUCAGAGCAAGCUUGCCAACGUUCUGUUCACCAGAGAGCUCGCCAAGCGAUUACAAGGCACAGGAGUCACAGUGAACGCUGUACACCCAGGCGUUGUUGCUACGGAUCUCGGGAGGCACACGGGGUUGCACCAAUCACAGUUCUCGAGCUCAGUGCUAAGUCCUUUCUUCACCCUGUUGGUGAAGAGCCCAGAGCUGGGCGCUCAGCCCAGCGUCUACCUUGCUGUUUCUGAAGAGAUGGAAGGAGUGACUGGACAGUACUAUGAUGUGAUGACAGAAAAGGAACCGGCUCCACAGGCCCUGGAUGAGGAGGUGGCUUUGAAGCUGUGGGAGAUCAGCAGCAGGCUGGUGGGUCUAAAGGAGGAGGAGGCUCAGUCUGACAAGACAAACCCCACUGCAGAGGUCCAGACCAAAGCUCCACAGGCAGACCCAGCACAGACACAGAGCACAAGAGCAGCUGUCAGUGCUGUGGGGCUGUAAGUCUGCUCCUGCAUCCUCUGGGCCUGCAGAGGAUCAUGGACCUUAAAAAGCUGAGCUGUCCCAAGCUCAAUGGAAAAAUUAACUGUCUGAGUCUGUGAUUGUGUUGUCUCUAUGACAGCAGCCUUUUGGACAAGAUAUUUGGUUCCUGCAUCAGGAUGUCGAGUCAUAAUUUCUCAAUCUAAACUGCCCAUUAAAUUAUUAAAGAAACA